GCUCCAGUCGACGAAACGCAUAUUAAAAAAUAAUUUAAUGACAUGGCUGACUGUGUCGUUAGUGUGUGCUUGGUCGUGCUUGUGUAACUAAAAACCGCUAUUUUAGACUAAAACAGCAGUAUAAUCGAAUCUACACCUACAAAAAGCAACCAACAGAAAAUCAAACACUACUCAUCAAUAUUGUUUCUUUACAACCAAUUAACGACGGAAAAAUACUCAAAAAAUAACAUCUUUCACCGAAACCAAGUAAUCGCGAUAGUAAUCCUAGUGUUAUCGAGAAAAAAGCCUUAUAGAAAAAAAAAUUCGUAAUACAAUUGUGAUCUCCAAGUUUAUUUCUUUAUUUUUUGUUUGAACAAAAAUGUGUUUAUAAGAAGAAAGUAUUGAAGAACAAAAGUUAUAACAGAACAACUCAGCACGCAUUUACGACAUUUCUUGAAACUGAUACCAAGAAGAAAGAAACUUACCACCACCAUCACAAAACAGCCUGACGACUGAACAUCAAUUGGCAACACACAAAAGGAAAAUAAAAGCAAAACAGACAGCGGCCAGUGGCGGCUCCAUCUGCCCGGCGAACCUAGCCAGCAGCAGCUCCAGGACCUGCUAGGGAUUUGUGCACGGAACGUACGGGACAGGCGAAUACCAGGCUUGCCGUCAGCAGCAGCUUACCACCAGAUCAUAAUUCAUCGGAAGUGUUUAAAUCCGAUUUAGUGUUAACAUUGUUGUGGCGCAGCGAAUACUGAAAGUGGAUAAAAAAUAACACCAAACAUAAAACAUGUGUAACAACUAAGCAAACGGAAGCCAAAAAACGAAAAGCAACAAGUAUUGUCCUUUAAUUUUUCUUCAGCGAGAAAGAGGACACUCGAUUCUCUUGUUAGUUUCUGCUGUAUUUUUGCUAACAAUUUGGACUUGAACGCGCAUCAGGUAUCAAAUGAAAAGAAGGAGUGGAAAAAAGCAAACAAACUGAGAGCCGAUUAGUUUCCUUUUGAAUUCUUUCCGUCACCGCCAUCACAAGAAAAGCAACACAAACCCAACUUCAACAUCAACAUCAUCUGCAACAUAUUAGCUAGUGAGAGCAGUGAAAAACAAAACUAAAGGUAUAAUUUCCCGAGUUAAGGAAAACUAAACAGAAGAAAACUAUACAACCAAGUACAAAGCAUCAGUUGAAACAAGCAAACUUUAAAACAAGGGAAAAACAAAACAUUUCGUUAAGUUAGUUUAUUUUUUAAAAAACAAGUACGGUUCGAAGCUGCUUAGUUCGCUGAAUUGCAUCUCUAUCUACUGGUGAAACGGUUCACUUCGAGAGGCCAGAGUGAACUAGCGCGGGCACGCGAAACAAUAAGAACAAAAGCAAGUGCGUGAUUAAUAAGAAGACACUAGUGAAGUGUAGUAUCUUGGUGGGAAGCAGCCGGACACUCGUUUUAUACGAAGGUGAACAUUAUAGUAAAUAUUUAAAGAAAAAACACCUAAACGUUUAAAGUAAAAAACAAAAGAGAAAUUAAAAAUUCUGAAGUAAAAGAAUACAAAUAAAACCAUUCUGUGAUAAAAUUUAAAAAAAGUAAACAAAAAUAAGUGUACGUUUAUUGAUGCAAACUAAGUUUAAGCUAAGAAGUAAGUGAAAACCCCUCCCCUGUAAAGGGUGCCACACGAAAAGAAAAAAAAACAUUCAAACGAAGCAACAAACUGUUAUAAAAAAACUACAAGUGAAAAACAAACAUUUAUCAUACCAUAAGCGGGUGUGUGUGUGUGUGUGAGAUACUAAAAACGGAGAAAGACUAAGUGAACAACUAUAACCAGCGACAACCGAACAAGCGUAACCGGACAGUGAUUCCUUUUACAUAGAAAUUAUUUGCCGAAAGCAAACCAUUAGCUUUUAUCCAUCGAAUUUCCUCUUGUUUUAUUAACUGUUUAAGUUAAGUUUUUAAGUUUCCCUUCAGUGACAAGAAAGAACAGAGCUGUUUUUAUUUUUCAAAAACCGUGUUAAAUUCUCGGAGCGCAGAGAAGAAAAACCACAUUCUUUAAGGAAGAAGUUAAAAAACCGAUCGGAAAUAUUUUUGAAGUUAUUAUCGAACUAACUGCAAGUGCGACGAACUCGUGUACAUGAAUCAUACAACUUUAAUGUGCUUUGUGUAUAAAUCUUCCUUUUUACAAUAGGGGAAGAAGUGCGAUAUCGUAAGCAUCCACCAACUUCGAAGAGGAACGAACUGAUCCAGCAAUUGGAGAAAUAAGUGUGCGCGACAAUUGAAUAUCUGACGAAUUGACUAAAAUAUUAUAUCUAACAAAACAAGCAAAAGGAUUAUUGGGAGGAGAAGGUAAUAUUCAAUAAGGCUGAUUUGUGAAUAUAGAAACCAAAUUCAAAUAUUAUUAAUUAGUGAAAAACAAGCAAGAGAGCACUCGCGUGUCUCUUAACAUAAGUGAUAAGAAGGAAGCUGGAGGUGGACACGAAAGCUGAAUUUAAUUAUAUGCGUGAGCUUUAGUGAAUUUUUGUGUAAUCGGUAGCUGGCAACUCAAACAUCCCACGUUUUUGAUUUGGAAUCUUCGUCAGUCGGGACAAUCUAUAUAAAAAGAAGAAAACAGUGAGCAAUUGUUGAUCUGAAAGAUCCAUAGAGGUGCAAACAUCGCAGUAGUCUGGAUUGAAACGUUUGGAUCGAGAAGAAAGUGAGAUUGCAUCGAAAGACAUUUCAACAGAAAGCAGCAGAUCACGGUUUAAGGAACCUAAUACGGUGCUCAGAGAUUUUUAUCAGCAUCUGCAAAAGUAAAUAAAUCAAGUUGGAUACUCUGUCGCGUUCUAGACGUUUGGUGGGACCUAUUCCCGAGACGCUGUUGAACAUGGGCAGUCAGACAAAACCCUUCCGUUCGGCUGAUGCAGCCCCCUUUUUGGACUACGUCGAUUACGGUCAGCGGGAUAUGUUCUUCAGCGGCCAGGGUAAUCCGCCCUCGGCUGCAACCCGCCUGCCGAUGACGCCGUCGAGUUCGUUUCCCCCAAUCGGUACCUUCUCGCUUGAAUCGGCCUCCAUGUCGGCCAGUGCGACUCCUGCCGGCCAGAGCGCGGUCUUUGGAGGUGGCGAUUCGAUGAGCGUGCUGAACAACUCAAGCUCCGGUGGGACGAUCGGUGUGUUCAGCUCGAACUCGAUACUGAACAGUAGCGGCAGCAGUGGUGGUGGCAGUAACGGCGGAGGUAACUCUAGCAACAACAACAACUCGUAUGGCGGAGGUCCUCCGAGUAGCAAUGGUGUCGAUGCUAAUCAGGGCACUCGAGAGACGGGUAUCAUAGAGAAGUUGCUGCAUUCGUAUGGUUUCAUCCAAUGCUGCGAGCGUCAGGCUAGGCUGUUUUUCCAUUUUUCUCAAUUUGGGGGAACAAUCGAACAUCUUAAAAUCGGUGACCCUGUUGAGUUCGAGAUGACCUACGAUCGUCGUACCGGCAAACCGAUCGCGAGUCAAGUGACCAAGAUAGCCCCGGAGGUGGUGCUCUCGGAGGAGCGUGUCACCGGUACCGUUACCACCGAGCUGAAAACCGAAUUAUCUUCGUCCGCUUCGAGUGACACCACUACGGGUCGUAUUAGCUACGAAAAUCGAGGCGAAUGCUUCUUCCUACCUUAUACCAAAGAUGAUGUUGAAGGGAACGUGAAUUUGAGAGCUGGUGAUAAAGUCAGCUUUCAGAUCGCCACCAAUCAAAGGGGCAACUUGGGGGCAUGCCACAUUCGACUGGAAAAUCCGGCUCAUCCAGUCAAAUACCGUGGAGUGGUUUGCUCGAUGAAGGAUACUUUCGGAUUCAUCGAGCGUGCCGAUGUAGUAAAGGAGAUUUUCUUCCAUUUCUCUGAGACGGAUAACAUCGAAUUGCGCCCGGGAGACGACGUCGAAUUUAUCAUACAGACAAGAAAUCAGGGCAAAGAGGUUGCAUGUAACAUCGCCCGACUCGCGCCGGGCUCGGUUAUUUUUGAAGACGUCAACUCCACAAUCUACAAAGGGCAAGUGCUCAAAUCACUUGAUCGAAACAAUGCGCUGCGCCAAGGCAACGAUCCGCUACCCGGACGCAUUAGAUAUAGGGCGGCUGAUCAUUCUGAAGUAGAAGUGCCAUUCGGGGAUAAGGACCAGAAGGGCGACUUUACCCUGCGCCACGGUGAUUGGGUUCAGUUUUUGUUGGCAACCGAUCGCCGCGAUCAACUGCAACGAGCAACGUCAAUUUCGCUGUUGGAUGAAACCUUCCAGGUUUCCGGUGAGAAGCGCGAACAAGGUGUUGUUGCUUCACUCAAAGAGGGCUUUGGUUUUCUGCGUUGCGUUGAGCGCAACAUAAGGCUUUUCUUCCACUUCACUGAGGUUUUGGAUACGAGUCGCGAGAUAUGCAUCGACGACGAGGUUGAGUUUACCGUCAUACAAGAUCCUGGUUCAAGUUUCGCAAAUACACGCCAGAGUGCAAUUCGCAUCAAGCAUUUGCCUCUCGGAUCGGUUAAAUUUGAGACCCUAAUCGAGAGCAACGUCGAAGGCAUUGUUUCGCGUGAGGCCCCCAAAAGCCCAAUCAAAUCUCAAGAGCGUACUGAAGGUGGCGUCAUUUCCUACGGCCAAAGCCCGAACAAAAAGACUAUAAUGUAUUUCUUGAAAGAUUGUGAUAAAGCACCACGUGUGGGUGAUAAAAUUAGAUUCAAUAUCUGUCAGGUUAAACGUAACAAGGAGUUGAUUGCUACUAACAUUCAGGAAAUUACUAACAAUUCUAAUCAACUGCAACAGCAAACGUCGAUAAAUGCCGGUGGCGAUUCUCAGCAAAUUCUUCAACAACAACAGCAACAGCAACAGUCUCAACAGAUUCAGCUCACUUCGCUGCAAACACUUCAGCAGCAACCGCAUUCUCCGAGUGCAGGUAUGAACAAUGGCAACCGCACUAUGAACAACAACUCAAGCAUCAUGAAGGUUAGCUAUGCGAACGGAAACAUAAAAUCAGGGAAGAUUCACCACGGUUUCAUCGCUGUUCUAAAGGAAAACUUUGGCUUCAUCGAGACCAUCGACCAUGAUCAGGAAGUAUUUUUCCACUUUAGCAACUUUAUCGGGAACACUAGUACCCUUGAGCUUGGCCAGGAGGUUGAGUACUCGCUGUCCUCUCGCAGUUCGGUCAACGCUGGCAAUUGCAUUCCGGCUGAAAAUGUCAAGAUUAUACCGAAGGGCAGCAUUCCGCAGCCGAAAGUGCUGCCAUCGGUUUACAGUGGCGUUGUACUGCGUCCGCUGCGUUGCAUCAACCCAGAUCAGUUGGAGUAUUGUGGGCUGGUACAGGUACGCAACGAAAAUGGGGACGCGCAGUCGACGCACGAAUUUGGAAUCACAAGCCUGAAGAACAAGAGAGAUUUGUUGCAGAAGGACGAUGGUGUGACUUUUAAGAUUGACGAACAGAACCGUGCUGUAGAGGUCACAUCGAUUCGUACUAAAAAACAAGCCAAAGUUGAUUCCGUUAAAGGACUGUAUGGAUUUUUGGACUUUGAGGUUGAGGAGGGCAAGAAACUGUUCUUCCAUAUGUCCGAAGUUCAAGGAGGUGGCUCCCUGUAUCCCGGUGAUACGGUAGAGUUUUCCAUCGUCACUAACCAGCGUAACGGUAAAACGUCCGCUUGCAACAUGAUUAAGGUUUCCGACACGAAUGGAAUGCGAGCGGAGAGACUCCUAUCGCGCAUCAAGAUCAACUCGGUUGACGACAGCGGGCCCCGUUUGAUGGUGCUUCGUGCUCCGAAAGGGCCAGAUGGUACAAUAGGCUUCCAUAUUUCUGUCAGAGCUCCACGUUUAGUUGGAAUCUGGUCGGAAUAAACACCUUUACACUAUUAUUAAAGGAUAAUAACGCUAUUUUUUGUUUUAUUUUUCUAAUGAUUUAUUAUUUAAAUUAUUUAAACAAUUUUUUUAUCGCAAACAUAUUGUGACCGUAAAAUUCGUAAGUGAUUAUUAUUUAUAAACAAAAGCUAUACAAAGCAAGAUAAAACAAAUGAAAUGGAACAAUAUACUGCAUAUAAUAUGGGAGAGAGAAAAGAAAACCCCCCGAAGGAAUUAUAUUAGCAAAACAAACACAAUAAUAGUACCACAAGAAAAUCAUAGCAAAAGAAGUGAAACAAGCAUAUUAUCCAAGAAACUACGACAGAAAAAAAAUGUAGGAAAAAUUGCAAAUACUGGAAUGUGGUCGAACAUGAGAGCUAGUAAGUAACGGCUAAUCACGAGGGUAACGUAUAAUCAAAAUAUGCGGAAAUCAUAAGACGACGCGUGUUUUGUAAUCAUGAUUUUUUUGUCCUUUCACAAGGAAACUCAAUUGUAAAACAAAUGAGAAAAGGCCACGUUAUUAUAUAUGAACAAAUAAGAACAAAAAUGUGAACACAAAACCAUUAACCACUGUUUAACCGUUUUUUAACGCAACGUCAGCAAAUAAAUAUGUUAUCGAUAUUGUUUCUAAAAUAUGGAUAAUGUUUAACUGUGAAACAGGAGGGAAAAUUUACAAACAUUCUUUUAUAUAUUGUUUUAUGCGUGAAACACUCGUGCGUUUUCAUACUGUUGUUCUUAUUCUUAUCCAAUUCAGCUGUAUCAGUUAGAGUUUGUUUCCCUUCGUGCUGGCGGUCUAUUUGAACCGCAUAAAAAGGAAGGAACGGUCAAAUAACAACAUAAAUAGAGUAAUAUAUUAACGCAAACAACCAUUAAGGCAUGAAUCUAAUUCAUUGUUCUACGAAUCGCUAAAUGUAACACAAAACAAGUAAAGAAUACCAAAAUCAUUUUUUCUUUCAAAUUUGUAAUCUUCAGACUGUUAUUGCCCACUUUUCAAUGUGUCCUGUCAUUAGAAUUUACCCUAAAAACAUCAUAUAUAUAUAUUGAGAGCCUCUGCGCUUCAAUGUAUAUUUACGUUUUGUUGUUUUAUUAAUAGUGCUCUUCGCGGGUCAGUUCUUGAAUACUUCGCGUUAUUUUCCUAGUGAAGACAGAAGGCCGAAACACGGCAAGAGUAGUGGAUGAAGUUUUUGUUUUAACAAUGCUCCAAAAUGUAACUAUAUUUUAUUGCAUUGUGUGCAACAAAGGCAACGUUUUUGCACUGUGCAAACAGAAACCUCGCCUAAGAAAGAAGAAAAUCACAUUCUGCUAAACUAGGCGAAAAAAAACGUAACACACAAUACAUAUAUACAUGAAGUUAUUGCUUGAACCGUAAACGUACUAUUAUAAGUGUGAUUGAAGUGAAACUAUUUUAGGGAUUCUACUUACAAGUAACAAGUAGCAGGAACGCGGCAAAUUGAAGAGACAUGGGAAGGAAUAGGUAAUGGAGGGAGGCAAACGGAGAACAUCUAGAAAUGCUCCCCGUUUUAUUAAUCAUUAACUUGAUCUAGUCUUCGUAACAAAAGCAAGCAAACGAGAGAGAUGACGAGAGUAUAAGAGAGAGUAAAACAAGCAACGGUAAAUAAGAGAAACAAAACAUUACAAACAUAAUUAGACCCUUCACAGCUAUUAAUGAGCGAAGAAACAGAACAUUCACGUCAAGUACACACAAUAAACCGUUUUUUUCUUUCUAGACCCUAGAAACACUGGGUACUCCAGUUUUUUCAAACGCAUACUACGCUGAUAAUCAGUCACGAAAAACAGCAGUAAACAAACAACAAAUGAUCACAUACACACAAACAUGGAAUAUAAAACAAAGAAAAAAAAACUUCAAGAGACUACGGGAUCAAAAAGUGCAUGUGAAAGCCAUUGAGUGUUAACUUUUUCACAAACACAAACAAAAAAAAAGAAAGUAAAAACCUUUUUAAAAUGUAACGAAACGCUUCUGAUUUUUGUCCCGUAUAUUCAAAAAACAAAUGGAAAUAAAAAGCCAGAAUACACACAGAAACAGCAAGGAGAAA